GUAUUUAUAAUAUUCUAGAGACAUUCUACUCUCGAGACAUAACCUUAAAAUUUUAAAAGGAAGUUGGCGACGAACCCGCGGCAAUUUUGAAAUUUAUAUGAGCGCGAAAUGAAUCAUAUAUUGUAAAGUUUGAUAUAUUUCCGUGAUAGAAAACAAAUAUUAAAAAUAUCAAUCAAGUAUUUAUAUUCCAUUUAGUAAGUUAAUGAAAUUAUAGUCUACUACAGUGUGCGCAGCGCAUCCGUGGGCAUAUAUAUAUAGAUAUACAUUUAACACGGGUUUGGGGCUGGGAACCAAGACGCCCUCUGGGCCGAGCUUCCAUGCUAGCAUUCCUAAUUCGCUCCAGUUUUGGAAUAAAGGAACAAGAUCAACAACCUUAUUGACAAAAGUUUAAAAAAUAUCAAAAGCAUUGUAUUUUCAUAAUUAUAUUAAACAUGAAAGCCGGAAUGCGUUUUAUACAUGAAAAACUGAAAAAUCAGUUUAUACCAAUUGAAGAAAUAUUAAAUUAUCGCAAUGACACUAACCAUAUUAAACCAAAGGAUUACAAUGAUUUUAAUCCUAAAAAACUUUACUAUGUGUAUUACUCUUAUUAUCAAGGCAGUGAAUGCACUGGCACAGGAAGAUUGUGUAAAUAUUAUAAAGGAUUUAUUUUUGGUUUGGGAGAAAACGAUGAAGAAAUUUUGGAAAAAUAUGAGAAAUCUGGUAGCAGAAUAUUAUUUCCAAAUCAUAAAGAUUGGUUGGAUUCUGAUGAUGACGAUGAUGUAGAUUCUCAGUCGUCCAAGUAUCAAAAAUCACAGCGGAGAGCUGCCAAAACUCUAUCUCUAAAAGUUAUUACACAGAAUUCAGAAAGAACGAAAGCAAAGUUUAAACAUGAAUUUUCUGAAGAAUCGAGAAAAAUUAGCUAUUGAUAGCACUAGCAAUCACAGUAAAAAAGCUGUUGACAACACUUAUAAUAAUGUUUCAGUCGUAAUAAGUAAAUUGCCUAAUGAAGUAAAUAAUAUGAAAAGGCCAUCAGACUUAUUUGAUUCGAAGAAAGAUUGUGCGUCUCAAGAAAAUGAGGAUUUCUCAGAACAAAAUUCACUGUUGCAACAGCGCACAGAGUCAUCUUUGAAAGGAAUUGAAACUAGUGUUAUAAUCAUGAAACCGAAUAAUUCCAAAAAGGUUAUACGAGCAUUAUUUACUGAGAAUACAUUAGCAUCUCCAAAAAAUGCUGCUUUGAAAAAUAAGAAUACAGAAUUUGAAACUGAUGAUGAUUUAUUAAAUGAAGAACUAAAUUUAUCGCCUUCCAUAAUUAGUAGAUGUUCUUCAUCAGCCAUUAAACGUAAGAAGAUUAACCAAAAACAAAGUGUUACAUCUCCAGAAAAUACUGGUUCAAGAAAAAAGAAUACAGUAUCGCAAAGUGAUAGUUCAGAUUCUGAUUUAUCGCCUUCUAUGAUUGGUGGACGUUCUUCAUCAGCCAUGAAACUUAAGAAGGUUAUGAACAGUACUAUAAUUGCCAAUGAAAAGAAUAAUGAAAGUGAGACAAGUUUUAUUUCAAGUGAUCGUGAGAACAAUCUAAAUAAGUUAGAUAAAGUUGCUGAUAACCAUAAAAAAUCUAAUGAAAAUGUGAAUGAAAAUACGCAUGAUGGUACUUUUGGUGACGAAGGACAUAAUGGAAAUGGUGAUGUUGGUGUAAUAACUGUAUUAAUAAUGGAAAUAGUAAUCUUGGUGGCGACGGAUCUGAUGCAAAUCAUAAUCUUGCUGCUGAAAAUAAUAGUGACGGUACUUUUGAUGAUGAAGGACAUAAUGGAAAUGGUGAUUUUGGUGCUAUUUAUGAUGGCAAUGGUAACUAUGUUGAUGGAAGACGUAUGCAGAACAAAUGUAAAUAAUAACCGAAACAAUGAUCUUGUUGGGGAACUUGGAUUGGAUAAUCUAGCGGAUCCUGCGCCUGAUAAUACUAGUGAUUCAGAUAUUAGUUCUGAAGAUGAAGGUUACACAUUUGACGAAAUGCAGAAUGACCCUGAAUGGGGUUAUAUCAGGAUGUACAAAUAUAAAUUAUUUAAAUAUUUGAGAAAACAACCAGCAAGGUCUGCAGAUGGUAUAUUUAGGCAAAAUAUAAGAGUAGGCUCAUUGUCAUGGAAAAUGUUUAAAAAUCAAAAGGAUGAUUUGUUCUUGAGAGCUAUGGGGUUGACGAUAUGGACAAAAAGAGAGCUUUCAAACAGAUGCUUAGAAUUAGGAAAAGUAUCGAAUACAUUUCCUGCGCGUUCUCCUGUUAAAACAGUCACUCUGAGGAACCUAAAUCAUGUUUUAAGAAUUUACAUAGAUCAUCUUAGUAGAAAUUACGAAGAGGACAGGAUUCGAUUCUACAUGAAAAAGUCUACAAGGACAUUAUCGUACCAUAUACGUGACCUACGUAGAAAAUGUAUUAAAAGAGCUCGACAGCAAGCUCGAAGAGCAGCUAGAGAAGCUCGAAGAGCAGUUAGAAGUAGAGAAAAUCAAAGAGAAAAUGCCAAUUAAAAUUAUGAUUUUAAGUUAAAUAUUUGACUAUUUUUAUAAAAUGUUAAUACGUAUUUAAAAAAAGUUAGUAAUUUUGGUUACGUAAACCUAAAGUACAAAUAUUAGCUAGAAAUCUGAAGUACAAAAUGUUUAAACAAUUAUAGUAAAAUUUUUAAGAAUUUAAAAAAUUGUGAUCAAUGUACUAAAAACCAGUAUUUUUAUUUUUAAUUUUUGACAAAAUGAGUGGUUUUGUUAAUUAUAUUCAAAGUAAGCAUAGCUAAAGCAAAAGUACAAACUAUUGAAAUAAUUAAAUUAAGUUAUUUUUUCUAACAACAUUAAAACAAAUUCAAUUUUAUAAAAAAAUAGUAGUUUUAAUUGUAGUUGGAGCUUAAGCAAAAACUGAAGCUAAAUCAAAAGUAAGAAGUAUAUGCGAAAUUACAUACUCAAAAAAGUAAACCAUAAGAAAGAUCAUAACAAAA